GUGCGAAACGGACGCGAAUUUUCAUUUGUGCUGCGGAAACCAACAACAACAGACAAAAUAAAAACAAACGAAAAAAAAACGGUCAAAAUUCCGGGUAAAAAACUGAAGCGUUGAAAAUUAAAACAAAACAAAAAUAGACGAACUAAAAGCUCAGACAAACGGCGCAAAGUGAAGUCCUUUGUGGGCGAAACCGAAAAAUAAAAUAAAUCAGAGCCACACGCGCUUUUUGUCACUCCUUUUCGCCUUGCGCUCUUGUUUUCCUUUUUUUUUAGUUGGUUUCCCAAGAAUUUCUCGGACUAGCCGUGGUAAACAAGACUCAUUUUUUUACGGUGUAAGUUUUUUGAAAGUGCAAAGAACCUAACAAGAAAAAGAUAACACAAAAACAGAAACUAAAAACCAAAGAGUGGCAACAACAAACCAACAAAACGGAAUCAAAGUCAAACAAACGAACGCACCGUCAGAUGCGAAGGAAGCUUCAAAAGAGAGACAAGAGCGAAAAAAGGAAAAAAGGAGGUGGCAAAAGGCAAGGAGAGGAGAGUUGAAGAAUCUAAGUUCAUUGCAUUGCCGUGCUCCCAUCAAACCAAACUAAAUGUUGCGCUGCGUCGAGGAUUUGAAAUAAAAGGGAACCUGCCGCUCCGAAAUCGAGGCAGAAGUGCUUGCCGGACCAAGUUCAAUUAGCCGGAAACGGACCAUGUGAUCUGCUAUAAAUGCUAUUGUAUAUACUCACACAUACGUUGGAAGCAUUGAUAGCUAGGGCCAGUGUAUAAUAUGUCCGGAAAUUAAGUCGACAGUAGAAAGAGACAGAGAGAGAGAGAUAGAGAGGACAGAUCUUGAUCUGGCUUAGAUAUAUAUCGCAUGUGCACUGCAACGGAAACGGAAGCGGCAAGAGAAACAGCAACGGAAGUGGAAACGGAAGUGGCUAAGCUAACGUCACAUAGUCUGCAAUAAUGACCAAGAAGUACGAGUUCGAUUGGAUCAUUCCGGUUCCGCCGGAAUUGACCACGGGCUGUGUUUUCGAUCGCUGGUUCGAGAACGAGAAGGAGACGAAGGAGAAUGACUUUGAGCGCGAUGCCCUCUUCAAGGUCGACGAAUACGGAUUUUUCCUGUAUUGGAAAAGCGAGGGCCGGGAUGGCGAUGUCAUUGAGCUCUGCCAAGUGAGCGACAUUCGUGCGGGAGGAACACCCAAGGAUCCUAAGAUACUCGAUAAGGUGACCAAGAAGAACGGCACCAAUAUACCGGAACUGGAUAAGCGUUCCCUGACGAUCUGUUCAAACACGGACUAUAUCAAUAUAACAUAUCACCAUGUUAUUUGUCCAGAUGCGGCAACAGCCAAGAGCUGGCAAAAGAACUUGCGUCUCAUCACGCAUAACAAUCGCGCCACGAAUGUGUGUCCGCGCGUCAACCUGAUGAAGCAUUGGAUGCGAUUGAGUUACUGUGUAGAGAAGAGUGGCAAAAUUCCGGUUAAAACGCUGGCCAAAACCUUCGCAUCCGGCAAAACGGAGAAAUUGGUGUACACGUGCAUAAAGGAUGCCGGUCUGCCCGAUGACAAAAACGCAACGAUGACCAAGGAGCAGUUCACCUUCGACAAGUUCUACGCCUUGUACCACAAGGUGUGUCCCCGAAACGACAUUGAGGAGCUCUUCACCUCCAUCACCAAGGGCAAGCAGGACUUUAUCAGCUUGGAGCAAUUUAUCCAGUUCAUGAACGACAAACAGCGUGAUCCGCGGAUGAACGAGAUCCUGUAUCCUCUCUACGAGGAGAAACGCUGCACGGAGAUCAUCAACGAUUACGAGUUGGAUGAGGAAAAAAAGAAAAACGUUCAAAUGUCGCUGGAUGGAUUUAAGCGCUACUUGAUGUCCGACGAGAACGCACCUGUAUUCCUGGACCGUCUGGAUUUCUACAUGGAAAUGGAUCAGCCACUGGCCCAUUACUAUAUCAACAGCUCUCAUAAUACCUACCUAUCCGGUCGUCAGAUCGGCGGCAAAAGUUCCGUGGAAAUGUACCGCCAGACACUCUUGGCAGGCUGUCGAUGUGUGGAGUUGGAUUGCUGGAACGGAAAGGGUGAGGACGAGGAGCCAAUCGUCACCCACGGCCACGCCUACUGCACCGAAAUUCUCUUUAAGGACUGCAUCCAGGCGAUUGCGGACUGCGCCUUCGUGUCCUCCGAGUACCCGGUAAUUCUGUCCUUCGAAAACCACUGCAACCGCGCCCAGCAAUACAAGUUGGCCAAAUACUGUGAUGACUUCUUUGGCGACCUGCUGCUGAAGGAGCCGCUACCAGAUCACCCGCUGGACCCGGGUCUUCCGCUACCGCCACCCUGUAAGCUGAAGAAAAAGAUCCUCAUCAAGAACAAGCGAAUGAAGCCGGAGGUGGAAAAGGUCGAGCUGGAGCUCUGGCUGAAGGGCGAACUUAAGACGGACGACGAUCCGGAGGAGGACGCCAGUGCAGGCAAGCCGCCGGAGGCAGCUGCCGCCCCCGCUCCCGCCCCGGAAGCAGCCGCCGCCAACGAAGGAGCCGCCGAGGGAGGCGGUGGUGCGGAGGCCGAAGCCGCCGCUGCCAACUACAGCGGCUCCACCACCAACGUGCAUCCGUGGCUCUCCUCCAUGGUCAAUUACGCGCAGCCCAUCAAGUUCCAGGGCUUCGACAAGGCAAUCGAAAAGAACAUUGCCCAUAACAUGUCCUCGUUUGCGGAAUCGGCGGGCAUGAACUACUUGAAGCAGAGCUCCAUCGACUUUGUCAAUUACAACAAGCGUCAGAUGUCGCGAAUUUACCCGAAGGGCACACGAGCGGACUCCUCAAACUAUAUGCCGCAGGUGUUUUGGAACGCCGGCUGCCAGAUGGUCUCACUCAACUUCCAGAGCUCCGAUCUACCCAUGCAACUCAACCAGGGCAAGUUCGAGUAUAACGGCGGCUGUGGCUAUCUACUGAAGCCGGAUUUCAUGCGUCGAGCCGACAAGGAUUUCGAUCCAUUUGCCGAUGCGCCGGUGGAUGGCGUGAUUGCCGCCCAGUGCUCCGUGAAGGUAAUAGCCGGCCAGUUCUUGUCCGACAAGAAAGUGGGCACCUAUGUGGAGGUGGACAUGUUUGGAUUGCCCUCGGACACGGUGAAGAAGGAGUUUCGCACGCGUUUGGUGGCCAAUAAUGGCUUGAAUCCAGUUUACAAUGAGGACCCCUUUGUGUUCCGCAAAGUGGUACUUCCGGACUUGGCUGUGCUGAGAUUUGGCGUUUAUGAGGAAAGCGGAAAGAUCCUGGGUCAACGUAUCCUGCCGCUGGACGGUCUACAGGCUGGCUAUCGUCAUGUUUCCCUGCGCACGGAGGCUAACUUCCCCAUGUCGUUGCCCAUGUUGUUCGUGAAUAUCGAGCUAAAGAUCUACGUACCUGACGGCUUUGAGGACUUCAUGGCCAUGUUGUCGGAUCCGCGAGGAUUCGCCGGUGCCGCUAAGCAGCAAAAUGAACAGAUGAAGGCCCUCGGCAUUGAGGAGCAGAGCGGCGGUGCCGCCCGAGAUGCUGGCAAGGCCAAAGAGGAGGAAAAGAAGGAGCCACCACUAGUCUUUGAGCCCGUCACGUUGGAGUCUCUGCGCCAGGAAAAGGGCUUCCAAAAGGUGGGCAAAAAGCAGAUCAAGGAGCUCGACACCCUGCGCAAAAAGCACGCCAAAGAGCGCACCUCGGUGCAAAAGACCCAGAAUGCGGCCAUCGAUAAGUUAAUCAAGGGCAAGAGCAAAGACGACAUUCGCAACGAUGCCAACAUCAAGAACUCGAUCAAUGAUCAGACGAAACAGUGGACCGACAUGAUCGCCAGGCACCGCAAGGAGGAAUGGGACAUGCUGCGCCAGCAUGUCCAAGAUUCGCAGGAUGCCAUGAAGGCGCUGAUGCUCACCGUUCAGGCGGCGCAGAUCAAGCAGCUGGAGGAUCGUCAUGCCAGGGACAUCAAGGAUCUGAAUGCCAAGCAAGCGAAGAUGUCGGCGGAUACCGCCAAGGAGGUCCAGAACGACAAGACCUUGAAGACCAAGAACGAGAAGGAUCGUCGGCUGCGCGAGAAGCGUCAGAACAAUGUAAAGCGCUUCAUGGAGGAGAAGAAGCAAAUCGGCGUUAAGCAGGGCCGUGCGAUGGAGAAACUAAAGUUGGCGCAUUCGAAGCAGGUCGAGGAAUUCAGUACCGACGUGCAAAAGGUACUGAACGAAACUCGGCCGCAGACCGACACUAUAACCAGUAUUGAGACUGUACUUUAGACAACCACACCUGUACAGCUAGAAAGCGAUAAAACCUUAUGGACAUGUACAAAAUCGAGGAGGAGGCCUAUAAGACGCAAGGAAAGACGGAAUUUUAUGCCUAAGAUUCCCAGGUCUAUGGUCAAAAAGGGAAAGAGCACCGCGAUACCAAAAUGAUUAAAAACACACUAAAAAAAAGUAGAGAAAAACCAAAAAAAGAAUGCUGAUUUAGCUGAAGAUGCUAACACACAUAUAUACUUUUCUUUAUAUACUACAUUUACACACUCAUCACUCGAAAACACACACUCGCCCACAUUUUAAAGAAUUAACUUUACUUAAAAAUAUUUAUGUAUAUGUUUUAUGCAUAUGUUAUAAGCAUAAGCUUAUAUUCGUAAAACCUAGAAUUCAAAAACUGGAAAGUCAACACUUUGUGCUUUAUAUUUAUUUA